AAUUCACUUAAACAUCAACCACAUCGCACUUGUUCUUAUUCGUCUUCAUCUUUCAAUUUUUUCCUUUUCUUUUUAGUGUGGGUCUGUUGUUGAAAGAGGAAGGAAUGGAUUUUGAGUUUCUAUGAUUCCAUCUUCCCAGCUUGCUUCAUAUUUUUGUUUUCCUAAUUUAUACUUUUUCGUGGCUAAACAGGUGAAUUAUGGAGAUAAAUUUGGAGAAACUCGCAUUUGACAUUGAUUUUCAUCCCUCAGAUAAUCUCGUUGCCGCGGGUCUAAUUACCGGUGACCUUCACCUAUACCGUUACAGCCCUGAUAGCGCCCCUGUGAGGAUGUUGGAAGUUCAUGCUCACACUGAGUCUUGCAGGGCUGCUCGAUUCAUCAAUGGUGGACGGGCACUGUUGACGGGUUCUCCUGAUUGCUCAAUACUGGCUACUGAUGUGGAAACUGGAUCUACAAUUGCCCGUCUUGAUAAUGCUCAUGAAGCUGCAGUAAAUAGAUUGAUAAACUUAACUGAGUCAACUGUUGCCUCAGGAGAUGAUGAAGGUUGUAUAAAGGUAUGGGAUACCAGAGAACGUUCUUGUUGCAAUUCUUUUAAUGCCCAUGAAGAUUACAUUUCAGAUAUGACUUUUGCAUCUGAUGCAAUGAAACUGCUGUCAACAAGUGGAGAUGGGACUCUGUCUGUUUGCAAUCUUCGAAGAAAUAAAGUACAAGCUCAAUCAGAAUUUUCUGAAGAUGAGCUACUAUCUGUUGUUUUAAUGAAGAAUGGUAGGAAAGUUGUAUGCGGAUCACAAACUGGAAUCAUUCUAUUGUAUUCCUGGGGAUGCUUCAAGGAUUGUAGCGAUCGAUUUGUUGAUCUCUCUUCUAACUCUAUUGAUACUAUGCUGAAGCUGGAUGAAGAUAGGAUUAUUACGGGAUCAGAGAAUGGGAUUAUCAACCUGGUUGGGAUAUUACCUAACAGAGUCAUCCAGCCAAUUGCAGAACACUCGGAAUAUCCUGUUGAAUGUCUUGCAUUCUCUCAUGAUAGGAAGUUCCUUGGAAGCAUUGCCCAUGAUCAAAUGUUAAAGCUAUGGGACUUGGAUAAUAUUCUACAAGGCUCAGGAAACACACAAAGAAAUGAAGCUGGAGCCAUUGACAGUGACGAUGAUGAUGAGAUGGAUCUAGAUGAUGAUCCUUCAAAGAGUAAAGGGAGCAAGAGAAAGAAUGCAAAUAAUGGACAUGCUCAAGGUGUUUCAAACAACUUCUUUGCAGAUUUGUAGGUUUGAAUGCAUCUGUUCAAAUAUGAAGACCCAAAUGAAACAAUAUCGUUAUUUCCUAAUCAAUAUCUUGAAGACGCCCCUUCCAAAAAUCGAUACUUGGGACCUUGUCCUGAUGAGGGAUUUUUUUUUGUGUUAUAUUGGUACGAGGAUGUAAUUCUUUGUAUUCAAUAUGGAGCAAUUGCAUUCAUGUUAAAUUAAGAAAUACAAUGACCAUUUUAUUGUCGUUUCCUAUAAUAUAAUUUUGUGGUGUUUAAUACUUUUAUUGAAGUUUCAAUUUCAGAUCGUUUAAACUGAUGUGUACAUUUUUAUUCAGUGGUUAACUAGUUGUAAAUGUAAAUUGUAAUUACGCAGGGUGACUUAGAUCAAAUGUAAUGGAACUCCAAUAACCCAUAUGCCAAAAGGAC